AUGGAGGGCCUAUUUUGGCUGUUUGACUGGGUGAACAGGUCAUCUCCUGAACCAAUAGGUGCUGGAAUAUGGACAGUGAACUCCAUUGGACGCUUGGGGAACCAGAUGGGGGAAUAUGCCACCCUUUAUGCCUUGGCCAAACUCAACGGGCACCAAGCCUACAUUCUUCCGGGCAUGCACAGGUAUCUAUCGCCAAUAUUCCAGAUCACUUUGCCUGUGCUCCCUGAGGAAAUGAUGGGCAAGAUUCGCUGGAAAAACAUCAACCUACAUGAUUGGAUGUCACAGGAUUAUUGCCACAUCAAGGGCACAUAUGUGAUGCUGACUGGCUACCCUUGUUCUUAUACUUUUUAUCACCACAUCCGCCAUGAGAUACUGAAAGAGUUCACCUUCCAUGACCACAUCAAGGAAGAGGCAAAUCAAUAUCUUUUGGGACUCCGGCAGGAGCACCAGGAGGUGACAUAUGUUGGAGUGCAUGUCCGGAGAGGGGAUUACGUGAGAGUAAUGCCCAAUACCUGGAAAGGUGUGGUGGCUGAUAGAGGCUACCUGGAGAAAGCCAUGAACUAUUUCAGAAAGAAGUAUCAGAAUCCCAUUUUUGUGGUGACCAGCAAUGGGAUGGAUUGGUGCAAAGAAAACAUAAAUGUCUCUAGAGGAGAUGUUCACUUUGCUGGGAACGGGCAGGAGUCCUCUCCAGGAAAAGAUUUUGCCCUUCUUGCGCAUUGCAACCACACAAUAAUGACCAUUGGUACUUUUGGAAUCUGGGCCGGCUACCUGGUUGGGGGCGAGACUGUUUAUUUAGCCAACUAUACUUUGCCAGACUCCCCUUUCCUCAAGGUUUUCAAGCCCUCAGCAGCCUUCCUGCCUGAGUGGAUUGGGAUUCCAGCUGACCUUUCUCCUCUGCUGCCCAAGAAACAACCUACAUGA